CCCCUCCUGCAGCCUUGACUCAGGAAGAAGCUGGUCCUAGAAGCGAGGGGUGGAGGAAACCAAGAGCCAGGAGACAUUGAACUGUGGAUUCUGAACUGACAGGGGCUUCUGUUUUUUCCAGACUCACUCAUCUCCCGCAGAGAUGUCCUCCCAGCAGCACCAGCAGCAGUGCCAGCCGCCUCCCAAGUGCUCCUCGCCCAAGUGCCCCCCGAAGAGCCCAGCGCAGUGUUCCCCUCCAGCCUCCUCCGGCUGUGCUCCACGCUCCGAGGGUGGCUGCUGCCUGAGCCACCACAGGCACCGCAGGUCCCACCGAUGCCGACGACGGAGCUCCAACUCCUGUGACAGGGGCAGUGGUCAGCAGUCCGGGGGCUCUGGCUGUGGCCAGGGCUCUGGGGACUGCUGCUGACCUGGGCUCCGGAUGCUGAGUCAAGCAAUUUUAAAGGAAACAAGCAUCUAAAGGGCCAAGGAAAAGCCCCAGCCUGAAGCGUCCUUUCCCAGAUACCCCAUCCUCACUUUCCCAGGCUGAGCUGGGGAUGUUCCAUGGAGGGUUCAGAGCUGUCUCCAGAAGGCUCUUUCUGUCUGAUAUCCAGGAUCUCACAGUUCCCCCACCCCCUGCACCUGUAGUGAUUGGCAGAUCCCAUGCCUGACUCUAUGAAAA